AUGACUACUGUUACGUCAAAUGUGCAACAGGUAUUUUGUCCCUUACUCAUGCUUGUUAAAAAUUUUGACGUUUAGCGCAUUGAUAGCAUAGGUAAGAACCGUUCAAGAAGACGAGUCCGAGUUUUGUCCCUUUCUCGGGAAGAGCCUACUCGUCCAAGGCGUACGAGAAGUGCACCUGAGCAUGAGACGGCAGCAAAAAGAAUACGAUUAGAAGAAGAAAAACGAGAACAACUGGAAAACGAGAAAAUGGAUUGGAAUUGUGCAGACAGCUUAUCAGACGAUACUGAAUACGAUGUGUCGAUCACUGAAUCCGAGCCGAGUGACUCUGAUGUCGAUGUCGAUCUCGAAUCAGGGCCAGAGGAGAUCAACAGUGGUAAGAGAUUUGGUAACUAAAAAUGAAGUCACAACGCCUUCGAGCAUUCAGAAGACGAAGGCGACGAAGAAGUUUUCGCAGUUGUGUCUCAGAUUGAAAAGAUAUUUCGAGUCAAGAAAUUUCAUAUGGACAAAGCCGAAGGUCUUUUUUCGCGUAGAUUUGCCGGAAGAAUGAAUAUGACUCGUCCUAUGAAUGCUAUUCGAGUGUUCCGUUUCGACUGUUACUGCGAGAGUGUCUCUUUGUGGCCGACUGGCACGCCGCCGUAUGUAAGCCCGGAUUGGACACAUUUUGUUAGAGAAGAAGAACUCGUCAAGCAAGGUAUGGCAUCUAACACGAAGUGAAAUGUUUGAUUGAUCAUGUUCCAGGACAGCCACAACGCAUUCUUGAACCGCCAAUUUUGAGUCAUUACUUGGAAAGCCCGGAAUUCAAGAACGGUCCCCAUCCAAAAGCUGCGUGGUAUCCAGAAGACUAUUCCGCGGGCAUGGUGGCCUACUGCUUGGAUCCUUACUUUUACGUGAAUGUGUGUGUUCCACCACCAGCGGACCUUCUGAUUCCACCCCUACCUAAAGGAUUCAUCGAAAAGUGUCGUGGACUGCUGGGGAGUUUUGUCUGGCCCGAACCAGCCGACCAAAUCAUCCCGAUUCUUUACCAUCGAGAAGGACUUGAUUCGCUUCUGUACUCUGAUAUGAAUAUUCGAGAAUUCACCAGGCACAAUGGAGACAUGUGCUGCUACUGGCAAUCUCGUGAGAAAGACCGCUGA